GGCAAAUCUGCAUCGGAAUUCCUCGAUCUUUCCUUGACUCUUAGCGCUCAAAAUUCCUCUACUUGAAGACACCGUAUCCCGGCUAUUGAACCCUCACUCUACCAUGAACUUUCACUCUGAGAAAAUAUUCUUACUAUCAACUAUUUCCAUACCAGUUGCAUAGCGCAGUACAACCAACUCCCUUGUCGCACCUUCGCCUCUGGAUCUUUCCCUCUUCCCCAUCCCCCCUUUCCUUCUUCUAUUGUUGCGGACCCUUGUCGCUUUUCUUCGUCACUCACGGAACAUAUUCGUUUUCUCAAACAAUAAUCCGCUGAGCUUGGGGUUUAAUCAUGCCUGACCUCCGCCGUCAAGUCUUGGAGAGUGGCAAAACCAUAUCUCGGAAAGCAGCUUCGCGUGAAGGUUCUCGCCGAAAUUCACACGCAAAUUCUGCUCAAAACUCCCAUCAAUCUUCUCGAAAUGCAAGCAGGCAUCCAUCCGAUGAGGAAGAUGCUGGGAACCUCAGCGAUGAUACAGCCUUGAGCAUUGGUUCACUGGAUGAUCUGACCGAUAACCCUGAGGUUGAUAACAACAACUGGACUCAAGAGCUCGGCGAUGUCAUACAAGAUAUCUUGGAUCGCAAACGUAGCAGUGUAUUGAGCCGCGAAGAGUGCUACGGUGCAUUCUGCCGUCUGUUGAAAUGCCAUUAUGCCGAGGAACAUAUUCGCAACCACGUCAACGAUCUUUUGGUCGCUUUUUGCCGAAGCGUCAAAUUUGAGUCUAGUGUGCGCGAGGCUACUCUAGCUUUGCGAGCCCUUGAACUUCUUGUCAUCACAGCGUUCGAUAACACCAUCUAUGAAAAUGUAGAACCUGUACUCACUCGUACGAUUCGAGACUCGACAUCCAAUCCUGUCAAGGCUGCCGCUCUUCAUUGUCUGAGCGCCUGCACUAUCUUUGGGGGCGCAGGAGAGGAUGGCAUCUUAGAUCAAAUGACAUUCUUCCUGGAUAUUGCAGCCUCCGAUGGGCAGUCGAUCGAUGCUGCUGAUGACCCAAGCAGUGUCACUGCGGCUCUUCAGGAAUGGGGAGUUCUAGCAGUCGAAAUAGAAGAUCUCGAGGGCGAAAGCGAAGAUGCAAUCCAAAUUUUUAUGGACCAGCUAAACAGUAGUGAGUCAUCUGUCCAAAUUGCAGCAGGUGAAAAUAUCGCACUACUGUACGAAAAGAGCUACACCCCUCAAGAAGAUGAGGAUGACGAGGUUAGCGAGGACGACUUAGAAGAUGAAGCCUUAAGCGACAGACAGGGCCCUAGACUCAUCAAGCGCUAUGAUGCAUACCACAAUACACAUGAACUUGAACUGCAACUUCAGUCGCUGGCCACGGUACAUAGCAAACGGAUCAGCAAAAAGGAUAAGAAGAGCCUACACAGCAACUUUGCCUCGAUUUUGACCACAAUCGAGAAUCCUCGACGAGGGCCGAUGUACAACACAGCCAUCGAUCAAGACACCAAUCGACACUACGGUAGCAAGCUAACCGUGAAGAUCGGCCGCCAGGGUGUGAUGAACAUCGACCGGUGGUGGAAAUGGAUUCGACUGAAUUCGCUCCGCAGAAUACUUCAGGGAGGCUUUGCAGUCCAUUACUAUCAAGGCAACCGAGCUGUGUUAGACAGCCUCCCGGUCAUGGUUCGCCAGAGCACCCCGGCUGACCGAGGAACAGCAAAGAGGACCACGAAAUCACGGAAUAGCCGACGAUGGGCUGUCCAUGGGCAAUCGGAUGAGGAUUAUUAGUUUCAGUCAGUCCUUAGAUGUUCUA